AUGUCGGUAGCAUCUAUCUAUCUAUCUAUCUAUCUAUCUAUCUAUCUAUCUAUCUAUCUCAGUCUGUUUCUCUGUUCAUAUCUAUCUAUCUCAGUUUGUUCAUAUCUAUCUAUCUAUCUAUCUAUCUAUCUAUCUAUCUAUCUAUCUAUCUAUCUAUAUAUAUAUAUAUAUAUAUAUAUAUAUAUAUAUAUGAGUCUGUUCAUAUCUAUCCAUGUCUGUUCAUAUCUAUCUAUCUGUCUAUCUAUCUAUCUAUCUCAUCUGUUCAUAUCUAUCUAUCUAUCUAUCUAUCUAUCUAUCUGUGUAUAUCAGUCUGUUCAUAUCUAUCUAUCUAUCUGUGUAUAUCAGUCUGUUCAUAUCUAUGUAUCUAUCUAUCUAUCUAUCUAUCUCAGUCUAUUCAUUAUCUAUAUAUCGGUAUGCGUCUUUUUUUCAAAUUUUGUCGUAAACCUUCAAAUUGUGUCUAUUGGUGUACGCCUUUGUUAUUCUGACUGGGGCCGGGCUUAA